AUGGAUCGCGCGCGCGACGGCGACGAGGACGAGCGCGACGACGAUGACGUGAACGACGCGCGUCGCGCGCUGGACGACGUGGAGGCGGCGCUUCGCGAGGACGCCGAGGCGAGCGCGCGGGAGGGGCUGGACGAGGCGAAGCGAGACGCCGAGGUGCGCGCGAUGACGGCGGCGGCCGAGGCGCGCGAUCGCGAUCCGAGGGUCGUGGAGCUGAUGGAGGACGCGAGGAACGCGAUGGUGGCGCCCGAGGGCGCGCCGCGCGCGCGGGCGGCCGCGGUCGCGUUCGCGGAAAAGGUGGAGCGCGCGUUGGCGAUUGAACCAGAGUACUACGAGGCGUCGCUGCAGCUGGGCGCGGUGUAUCGCGCGCAGGGGUACGUCGCGCGCGGUCUCUCAUGCGUGCGAUCGACGUACGAGCACACGCCCAGUUGCGUCGCCGCGUACGUAUUCGCGGGACGAAUGUGCGAAGAUCUGGGGUUGUACAAUCACGCCGAGGAGGAGUACGCCAAGUGCGUCAACGUCGCGUUUGACUAUCCAGACGCGUGGAUCGCGCUGGCGCGACUGAUGUGCGUGCAGUUCGGCGCGAUCGCGAGUGCGGUGAAACUCAUGCGGUUGGCUAAAUCAGGAGGUCCCGAGGGUAAGUUCGUGAGACCGGGUAAGCAUCCGCUGUUGUUGUUCACGCUCGCGCACGCGCUGCAUCUCAACGGCUACGCCGCCGAGCCGACGAGUUUGUACACGCAAGCGCUCCACGCGGGCGCGGGAAUCAUGGCGGUAUAUCCGCUCGCACGCUUAGCGUGCGAUGGUGGAGACGAUGAGAGUGUGGAGGCGUACCGCGAAAUGUGGCGGAAUGCGCGCGAGUCGGUCGCAGAAGCCGAGCGCGGCGAAGAUUCCCUCUUCGCUUCGCUCGACAUGUUCAACAGUGUGAGCCACGGCGCUCAUUGGCACGAACUCCUGACAUCGAAAACGCGAGCGCACGAGGCUAUCGCGCAGUACGACGGCACUGGCGCGGUCUCAUCGCCCACGUUGGUCACGAGUGAGAACAUCGAUGAAAACUUGAGCUCUGGCGACGCGAAUCGUCUCUACGUUCUCAAAGGCGAGCACGUGAAAUUUCCAGGCCUUUUCAAACAGCGCAAGAAUCGCAUCGGGACGCUGGCGUAUUUUCGCGAGGAAAUCAUCGACUCGUCGUCGCGACGAUCGCGAGGUGGGCUCAUCGCACAGCGACGCGUCGAGGACUGCGUGACGGACGAGCUCGGUCGAAAGUGCUCGGUACGCGUCCGCGCGGCGUUCGUUCCCGAUCGCGAACCGAGCUUCGACGUCGCGUACAUCGCGCAAUACGUGUCAGUGCACUCCACGGUGCGCGAGUACGGCGAUGGCGUGAUUUUGGGUGACGAAUACGACGACGAGCUGUUCUUGCGCGAGUUCACAAAUCGAGGCUUGAGCGGCGACGAAGCCUCCGCCGUGGUGCGAGAAGUCGACAUCGAUGACUUGUGCGCGCGCUUGCUUGGAUUGGACGACAUUUCAAAGACUAUGAUCGCGCAGUGUCAAACCGUCGUGCGCGCUUUCCGCGCGCGCGUCAGGGAAGAACGGAACGUCAUACAAGACUCGCAUUACGCCGGAUACGCCGCCGUCGGCGCUCCGGUAUUCUUCGAGCUCGAAUUCGUCAUAGAAAACGGAGAAAAGCCCCUUCCUUGGCUCAUCGGCGUCCACGGCGAGCCGCGCUUCGCGCUCGAGCGCGAGCGCGCGUUCGUGCACGACGUCUGGUCCCGAACUUUCGACGGGCUAGACGGCUCUGGAAGUCAGUGUCGCGGCGGCGCGGUUCGCGACGUCGUCCGCUUCGCGGAAUCUAUUUGA